GUGCUGAGAUGUCUUUCAUUUGACCUUUAAUAUCUCUAUGCAAGGGACUGCUUGGUAUCUCAGGAGAUCAUGAAUGCAUUCUUAGUUUUGCACCUAUUUCAACAUAUGAUGAAAUCCUUUAUGUGGUCUGAACGUGAAACUGAUCAUUCAGUUGAAAAAAGUUUAAGUUUCAGUAAGUUUGACACACGGAGCAAGACUGCCACCCUGUGGAGUAGAUUCUGGAUCCUCUUUGUGUGUGUUUAAGACUUGAAGACAAAAUUCUGAAUUCUGAAUUCAAUUCACGCUCGCUUUAAUCUUUAUAUCAUAUUCAGUGCAAAGCUGAAUGAGUUGUUAGAGUGCUUCUGUAAAUGUAGAUAUCACCUAUCACAAUGUUUGGAUUUCUAUUUACUUUAAAUCUUCUUUUCUUUAAGUCGUUAUUGUUCCUUUUGGGCAAAAUGAAAACCUGGAGAUCGUCUGCUCUCACCUCCAGUCAUCUUUGGAGAGAUUAGAGAGGAUGUUCAUUUCUUCAUCAUCUUGUAGGAGUCGAUAAGCACUGCUGACAUGGUGGUUUUCCAGAACUGCUCGGUCGUUGUACAGCAUGGCCGUGUCUGACCUGAAAAUCCCACAUAGCUACAUUGGUCAUGCAGCUUGUCCUUUAUGCUUUUUUAAAUGCAUGCAAAGGAAAAAAAUACACCAACUUAAAUGACAGCAAGAAAGCACAGACAGGAUAAGAUCUAUAAAACAAUCCUUACAAGAGGUUGUGCAUAACUGACAGCCUUCAAGCCUUUCAAAGUACCCGCUCUUUCAUAUGCAUCCUUAAUUUGUAAACCAUUGGAUCAAAUUUAGUGGUGCCCCAAUCUUCUUCAAAAACUGCUGCGAUUUAAGCUGAAGAAAUAAUGCUGGCUUAAAUUACCUGGUCUGAAUGUGAAAGUUAUUUGUGGUCCCUGUGUGUUCAUAGUCAUGGAUGGCAGCUGCAAAAAUAAUCGCGAAGAUCUCGAGCUCAGUAAGCCAGUGCUGUGAGAGAAAGAGAGAGAGAGAGAGAGAGAGAGAGAGAGAAAGAUGAGAAAACAAACAUAUGAGUAUUUGUAGCUUGCCUUGACUCCUCUAUUUUUGCCCCAGACUUUGGGACUUCAAUUGGGGGUUUGUUGGGUACCCUACAUAACUCCAAACUCACCACCAUGCCAGUCUUAAGAAGCAGGUAAUGGAUGGUCUGUGUAACAUCCGCGGCAUGGACCAGAUUGUGGUAUGGAUUUUUGUGUUUGCUGUAACCAACCUCCAAUGAGUCGGCAAAGGAUAUGAGAGCAGAGAGCGGGACCUGGAGAACAGAGGUCAUCUUAUUAUUGCAAGACUGUUUUGGGUUAAACAGCAGAGCUCCAUUAUAUUUUAUUGACUUCAAUCUGGUGGGGUUUUCUUUGAACAUACCUUGAAACGAUUGAUCAAGUCAUAUCUCGUGAGCAGCUCAUACAAGACAAAUUUCAGAGCGUGGUCUCCACUGGCCUCAUUCAGCGCAAACACAUCAAAUGACCAUGUGUCCACAUUCUGCAACAGAUGAAUACAAACUCGAGUGAGCAAAUGAUGAACUUUUGGUUUCCAAUUCACUCAUUUGUCUAAAUAAGAUGCCAACACACCUUCAGCACAGCGAUGACAUUUGGGGGAUAAUUAAGACCGACCAUGUUUGAAGUUCUUCUGUACAUCCUGAGACAGAUACACAAUGUCCAUGUCAGUUUUAAUGCUACAUCCUGGUUGCAGUUUAAAAAAAAACAACCUCACAGGCCAGAGUGAAAUGAAUAAAACAAGUGAACCUCUCCACAAAGAUGCCAGCCUGUACUGCGUGGACAAUGCUGCGGAAGCGUGGCUUGUCUUCGUUACGGCGCAUUAGGCCUCUUUGCCGGGUAAAAGUAGAAGCCAGCCAGUCACGAACCUCUGAUGGCACGGAGUCUGACUGGAUGUCACCGAGCUCAUCCUCUGGAUCCAAUAGUCGCCUGUUGGGAAAGGCAUAUGGAAUAUACAUUACCCUUCGAAGCUCGACUGAAGCAGACUGAAUUUUGAGCUGUACUUUCAUGUAUGUCACAUUUGCACACAUACUGGUGGCUGCAAGAUAACUAAAAGAUUCUCACCUUGUUUCCUCAACAUACAGAGAUUCAAGAACUGAGGCAGCAUACUCAAGGUUUUUCUUCAGGUCCGCCACAGAUGCUUCCCCCCUCUCCAGCUGCUUUACAAGACAACGCAACCUGCAACACAAAACCACCACAACCUCAGCAUCCCAACCACAUUGUUAUGCCCUUUGGGUUGGCUGAGACACAACAUGAAAAAGGCCUGUACCCCUCAAGUCCCAAUCAGCCAUUGAGAAUGAAUUACAUAAAGGGAUAUUCAGGCGUAAAACUAAUUUAGGGUCAAACACACCGUAACACAAAGUUAGACACCCCCUUCUGAGAUGAAUGUUGACGACCACUUGCUUCUCUAGUUAUACCAACUUAAGUUACGAAUGCAGAUAGCAAUACAGAGAGCCAAGCGCUCAACCAAAACACCACUCUAUAGCCACAAAUAAUGCUCAGAACAGCACCUAACUUCAUCAACAGUACAUAUAGGGUCCUAGCCAUAGAACUAGCCACCAAACAUCUUUUUAACUUUGCCUUAUUCUUUAGCAGAGGGACAAAACACAACUCACCUACUCUCUUCCAGCAGCCACUUGUUUGUAGCGAGACCUUGGGCCAGUCCAUUACGGACUACAGCGGGGUGACGCAGCUCAAGGAAGAACAUUUAUGAUCAUUUCUUCAUGGAAAUUCAAUCAGACCGAGACGCUAAGGCAGAAGAACUACCACGUCUGCAGUGCAAAAUGAUUAAAAUGAUGAUUAUUAAUUCAUGGAAAUGAUAAAGAAAUGAUCAUAAAUGUUCUUCCUUGAGCUGCGUCACUCCGCAGCAGUCCGUAAUGGACUGGCCUGAGGUCUUGCUACAAACAAGCGGCUGCUGGAAGAGAGUAGGUGAGUUGUGUUUAGUCUUUUUGCUAAAGAAAUUAGACAAAGUUAAAAAGAUGUUUGGUGGCUAGUUCUAUGGCUAGGACCCUAUAUGUACUGUUGAUGAAGUUAGGUGCUGUUCUGAGCAUUAUUUGUGGCUAUAGAGUGGUGUUUUGGUUGAGGUUUGUUUAUGACUCUUCAGACCACUGUGUAUCGCUAUCAUAUGGUCAUUACUAAAGUUUGUAUGAUUAGAGAAGCAAGCAGUCGGCAACAUCCAUCUCUCGAGGGGGUGUCUAACUUGGUGUCACGAUGUGUUUGACCCUAACUUUAAUUUUACGCUGGAAUAUCCCUUUAAAACUGAACAAAAUCUGGUUUAUUUACUAGAGCAUCAUAGUACAAUCAGUGUUUGGUACAUGUAUUAUCUUUAUGUGUAUCUGGGACCUGAUAGCAGUCUUCUCCAUGGCAUCAGGUGCAUCUGGUCCUGGCAGUUCAUCAGCCAGGAUCUCCUCAUUGCUUCGAGGGUCAAAUAGAACUGCUUUGUGCUCAUUGAUGCCAGCACAGGCUGUGACAGCCGUGCAUAAUGCAUUUUGGGAUCGUGAGCCUGCAGGACAGAAAAAAAAUCAGCUUGCUUUAUGAGCACCCCUCACUUUUUGAGACUCAUGACUAACCCUGUUUUAAACCUUUUGAUAGUAAGUGAUGAAAUCCUGCAGUCAGACUCGGUGAAAAGGAGGAACUGCAGUGAACUCACGUGCAAAUCGGGCCAGUGGACGGCGCUUGCUUUCCCCGGUCUCAUUGGCAACUGUAAAGGAAAAAGUUUUACCUUUUAAUAGAAAAUAAGAGGAGGGAGUGAGAAAAGUGUGCAUAUUUGUUGAGGAGGAAAAGAAAGAGGAGAGCAAGAACUGCAGGAUGGGAGCAGAACUGGAAUCAAACAGAGAGGGAUACGAUAAACCAAAGGCAGAUUAUGCUAUAUGACAGAGGCCACCUCAUCAGUGAUAAUGACCCCCUAAGCUACGCUCCCUGACAACUGACCACACACACCUACACACCUACACACACACACACACACACUCAUUUGCACCAGUCAAAAUGAUGUCAUAGUCAUUUUCCCUCUCUUCUGGUUUCCAUAGAGACAGCAGUCAGUAAACACUUAGACACAUACCCAAAAAUGUACAUGGCCUUCUAUUUCUACCAGCACAAGCCUGAUUCACAACCCUGUUAUCCAAAGUGGAUGUCUAACGUUGAAUUAAAUACAGGACCAUUAAAACACAAAAUAAAACAAUGAUUAUAAGGAAAUAUUUGAAAUGUCUGCUUUCAGCAAUUCAGCGUCAAAUCACAUAAACAGUUUCGACUUUAAACAUCAAGUAGACUCAGAUUCAGUCAUUGUAGUGGAUUAAUCUACCUGUUUAAUGCUGCUUUGAGAAGCUGUGUGCUUUAGAGGAUGGUGGCAGGUGGACUGGUCUCAGAGAAACAAAAACCAUUUCUGCUUUUUGUUACCGUGCAACUUUUUCCUCAAGUAUUUUGCAUUUAUUCCAAUGCAUAUAAAAAGGCGGUCCACGCAGCAAUCAAAGGCGUCACCCUGUAUGCAGCGCUUUGACAAAUACUUCUCAGGAGUAAUAAUCACCAAUGUAUACACAAAGAUGGUUUGUGUUGUGUAUUUUGUAUUUCUAUCUUUGCUAGUGUCAACAGAGUGUGAGAUAAAGUGCAGACAACAACACUGCUUAUGAGUGGUUAGGUAACAUCGAGGACGCCUACUCACAGACAAGGCCCUUUGAGCAGAUCUGACCGCAGUGUCAUUGAAUUGAUCCAAACCUAUCACCUGUAUUUUUUUACUAACCCGACACCAGCAAACAGAGGCGUGUGAAACUGAAACAACAUAUUUGUGACACACUUUUGAGCUGAAGAUAUACUGCCAUGAUAAGACGUUACUUUGGCUUGCACUACAGAUGGAUUGUUAGAUACUAUAUACAGGGAAUAAACUAAAAGAGGAACUCUUUGGGCUCCGACAGCCUGACUGACAUACUUUGCCAUCAUGUUCCUUGUCUGGACAAGAGUUUGACAAGGAUUCAAAUACUAAAAGUGACCAGCAACCACCACAAAAGGAGCUCUUAAAAACUGCAUCCUCAGCUGUACCUAACAUACUGCGACGCAGGUGAGAGUGUAAUCGAGUAAACUUAUACAGACAUAUUGCCUUUUUUAAUUUUUUAACACAGAUUAUUCAGGAUAAGUCAGAUCCGUAAGAAAUCUCCAAACAGGAAGAGUGACAUGUACCUUGAAACUUUGGGGUUGAUGGGUAACAAAGAGUCCACAUUUUGCUUUUAAAAACCGUGCUUCUCACCCAAAAGUACUCAUGCACUUCACCUUACUUUAAAAUAAAAUGAUAUUUGAUAAAUGGUGCUGAGAUCAGCUAUUUCUACAAUGGGGAUCAUGGGGAGGAGGUUGACUUUUGAAGCAAAUGCUGAUUUUUAGCCAUCAUGCACCAUGAUGUUGAGUGAAAUAUGAUUUUCAUCCUUCACCAGUGAAAUACAAUGAGACCAGAAGAGAAGAAAUGGGCGCAGCAGCAUGUUUCAAAGACUAAACUGUAACAUAAGAUGUGCAUGCAGAACACAAAACCCUCUUUAGCAGGGGUGAAUCCUCUUGAAUAAAAACAGUAGAUGCGCCACCAAUAGAAGAAAAUGUCCAACUAGAGUGAGCACCUACAAUUCAAACACAAUAAACCUUAAGUAAAGAGAACCAUCUGUUCUCAGACACAAGCAAUCUCUGACUCUCACACACAAAUAUAUAAAGGGCACGCACCCACCCACCCACACACACACACACUCACACACACACACACACACACACACACACACACACAUCCUAGCACAAUUUAACAAAGAGUCUCUUACCUAUGGUGAAGCUGAAGCCAUCAAUGCUGAAAGUGGCACUCCGACACUUUUUAAAUCCCUGCUUUUUAGAUGUUGGUUCUGUCAUCGUGGGUCUUGAUAUGCACUCCUCUGCUUGCUGUCUGUCAGUGGAUAAGUGUAGAGAGCAAAACACUCCUCCCCAGGAGAGAAGUGAACCCAAAGGCUGUUCCCCUUGAGUGGCUGUUACCUUGGCAGUGCUUCUAAUCCCGCUGGAGGCUGAUGUGGUGUGGAGCUUUCAGCUGCUGCUGCGUUCAGGAAAAAGGCUGGCUUCCUCCUCAGUGCUCUUCAUCCCUCAAGGCCACAGCAAACCUGCACGAGCUCUCACAAUAGCAGCUCCCUCACUUAGUCUCUCUUUGCUUCUCUCUCAUAUCUUCUGCCAUCAUAGCUGUAAAUGAUGGGUCUCUUUCCUCUGAUAUCUGCUGUAUGGCCAUCUGUCAUGCUUUGCUAAAGCCUGUAGGUUAUUCUCCUCCUUGAUGGCGUCCUCCUUCACUCCUUUCUUGACAAUAUUUUUUCCUCUUUUCCCCCUAUGUAUUCCAUGGGUAUGUCUCAAUGAUAUCAACUGGUCAUCCAUCACAUCCUCAGUCCCUUGUGGCUCAUUAACUGAAAUGUUUACGUAGCCUUACGAGGUGGUACGAUGACCAUGCUCACGGCUACAACCUCUACAUUUUUUAGAGGACUGUUACAGACUCCUUUAGCAAGGUAAAUAUUAUUGCAGUUUUGGUGUGAUAGUGGAUCUGAGAUGGACAAAGACACCAGUGACUCCUGUUUCCAUCCAAGUACCUGGGGGUGUACAUGGAUGACAAACUAGUCUACAAGAGAGGCCUCAGCUGUCUCUACUUCCUCCAGAGGCUGAGGUCCUUUAACGUCUGCAGGACCACGCUGAGGAUGCUCUAUGAGUCUGUGGUGGUCAGUGUGAUCUUGUUUCCGUAAGGCCAGUGAGCUGAACUCUCUGACGGCGGUGACAGACAGGAGGAUGUUGCUGUUGAAUGAAAUGGUCGUGGGUUCAAAUCGAGCUCAGAACAAGUGAAAGUAAAAACAGGGAUCUAUAAAAUUGUAAGCAUGCACAUUUUCACCAUCCACCUGCAAUUUCUGGGUCACAACCUAAAAAAAAUAAAAUAAAAAAUAGAUUAUUUAAAAAAGUUGCUAUUAAUGCUACAUUUAUCAUUAUACACUGAGGUGUUUCUUGUGUUUCUUAUCAUUACAAGCAUGUUAACACCAGCUGAUGGUCUCAUUCUACCCAAGUCUAGUCUGCCAAUUUACGUUGUGAUAUGUGGUUUUAUUAUGACCAGGUUGACCUGCAUUGUAACUGAUUACAAGGUUAUGUAGGUGAUUAAUUUUCAUUAUAAUUCAACUCUAUAUUUGUCUCAUUAACUGAGUAAACACUUUGAGGAUGAUGUGACAUUGGUGCAUAAGUGCGCCGUUGUGAUUGGCAGGUAAUUCUUUGCAACAGUGAGAUGAUUUAAUAAUGAAUGGCAGCAUCUAGUGGUCAAAUGUGGUCUUUGAGUGAUCAGAGGACUAAAGAAACUACUUAUUAAGCGCAGUACAUUUAGGGUUUACUUUCCCCUUCUGCUUCCCCCCCCCAGUUGCUAAGGUAUAAAUUUUGGGGCAGGAUGCAACACACUUAGUUUCCAAUCUGGUGCUAUAAAAAAACAUCCUUCCAGUCUUUGUGUAAGACUCUGUCUUUAACAUCUUACAUCUUUCUUAUUGUUUUCUGUUAAAGAAAAUUAAACAAUUGCCCCAAACACUGAUGCUGUCCUUGUAACUGUUACAGGGCUGCAGAGCAGAGGCAGGGAAAGGUGAGCUUCUCUUCUGCUCUAUCACAGACGUCCUCUAGGCGUCUCUCUUUACCAGACAUCCGUGUCUCUCCCGUUCCUCCUCCUCAGAACUAAAUUAAAUUUAGGCUCUUUCCUUCUCAGAAAAAAAAGCACAUGAUCAUCUUGUGAUUUUUACCUCUUUUUUUCCCCAUUUUAUGUCUCCACAUCACUUCAUCUCUGGAGCUGUUUUGGAUGUUAGUAUUCAGUCAAAAGUGAACUUUAUUGGGACAGAUUUGGACAGAAUGAAUCCAACCGGUUGGUUCUUUGCAGUAAUCCUGGUUGCUGGCACCUGUGAGCUUUGUUUGGCGGGACCUCUCCAUGCUCAGUGUAAAGUUGAAUGGUAUGUUUUUAUUCUUCUGUGAAUUUGUACUUUGCUUUCAUGUAAUUUAGUUAAACCUUUAGAUAAGUGCUGUAUCGCUUUACCUGCUAUUUAAUUCUCAUGUUAGAAAUAUAUGGACAUUUGUGAUAGUUUCUGUCACUCUAUCUAUUCACAGCUUUGUUUUCAAGGAUCAUAGAUUGAUUAUAUUGUCAAGUAUGAUCAAUAAACGUGAAAGUCUCAUCACAGAGCAUCAGAUAGAGGUCAUUUCUUUUCAAGCUAGAGCAGGACCUGAAGGUGCUGGACUGGACAGAGACGAGUUUCCCCUUAAAAAAGGCCUUUGACGCAGUUUUUAAUAAGCUGAGGUCAUCUUGAAAAAGUCUUUUUAAACAACCUGCUAUAGUGGAAAAACAGGCUCAAUAUGACAGAUAUAACAGAGCUCUUUUUUGUAAUCUUUUCUUUAUUCUUUGGGCUAUAAGAAUAAAGGCUAUAAUGGCAGCCUAAAUAGCUUUGUAAUACUGCCACUUAAAUUCUGCUGUAGAAUAAGCAGUGAAAAAAAUGAUAAAACUCUUCAUUUCAGUCAUAUUUUAAUAUAGUGAAAGUAUAAACUGUGACCAAAUGUCCACUAGAUGGCAUUAUUCCACUCAUUAUUUCUUCACAGCGGUUUACUUUCAAUGUCAGACGACUAACAGAGCUCUCACUCACACUCCAAACCUCAUUCAUUCAGAUUAUUGUUGUUUCUGCAGGUACUUUGGGAUACCAUGCCAAGUGGUUUAUGAAUCGCUUGUCUCUCAGAUUAAAAAGUGGAGAACCAUGACUGGCUGCAGCAUGGGAGGACAGAAGUGCCUAUACAAGGUGUGAGUGAGUGUGUGUGUAUAUAUGUUUUGUUUAAUUUUCAAACCUAAUCAAAGUUCCUGAACACACAAGACUUAAAUACAGCUUACUGUAUCACAUGUUUGGAUAUUUUGGCAAUGCUAAAUUUAAAUACUGACUAAACUUUUCCCUACCUGAACCAUCUUUGCCUCAGACUUCCGAUGAAUCAAUCCUUAUUUAUGUUGCAACGAUUUACAACAAGAGUGAUCUUAGCACCUUAACGAAACAACAAAAAAAAAAGGUGAUCAAGCUAUUGUGAAGAUGGGAUAAGAUUGACCCCUUGUAAGAUCAUCCCUACUCCCAUUCCAUAUUAAGCCACUUUGCAGCAUUUAGCAAGUUCCAGUAGAGAGGACAAACUUCCUUUAACAGGCAGAAACCUCGAGCAGAACCAGACUCAUCUUAGACAGUCAUCCGCCGCUCUAUUGGGUUUAGAGAGGAGAUAGAAGAAGAUGGUGGACAGAGGUGAGAUUGAUGCACCAAAGCAGGCAGGUCACUGGCUAUUUAUUUCUUUUGAACUGAUUUUAAGGUUUUAUUUGUUACGCUAUCGUAGCAAAAAAGCGAACAUAACAAGCACAAAGAGAAGACCAGUGUCUGCGACUAUCAGUUGGUCCUUAGUCACCCUCAGUAGUGCAGUUUCAGUUCUAUAGUGGACUCUGAAUCCAGACUGAAAAUCCUCAAAUGGACGGUUACUUCUGAGACAGACAUCGAGCUGAUUAGUCUCAAGUCAUUCUGAAAUAAAGGGGAAGUUUGAUAUAGACCUAUAGUUAACCAAAGUGUCUGAAUCUAAGGUUUUUUAAGAAGUUACAGCUACUUUUAAAGACUGGUGAAUGUAUCCUGUCACUAAGGACUUAUUGAUGAAGUUCAGUAAAGAAGCUCAACUAACCUAACUACAAAAUGAGUAAAUAUAGAUAUAUAUGUAAUUUCUAAUCCAACAUUCUGGUCUCUCUACAGCUGCAGUCUGCUUCUGUCCACUUUAUAGCAGCCAAACACACCACUCCCUUCAAAAGACAUGUGGACGACAUCAAUUUCCGGCUGGUCUCCUAUCACUUCUUCACUUGCUGUCACGUCUCAGUAGGUUCUCGCACUCCUCUAAUUUAUUAUCUCACAGAUACUGAAAAACUGUACUAACCAUAGACAGUGGAUCUUUUUUAGUCUGAAUCUAUCUUCUCUUUAAAACACGGCUCAUUUUCCUUCUUCUCCUUAUUUCUUUUCUUUAUUUUUCUAUUUCUCACUUUUCUAGAAGUAAACUUUUAUUUUUAUAUCCUACUUUAUCUGUCUUUAUUAAUGCCACUAUUAUCCUAUUGUGGUGUUUGAUUAUGUGCAAAAAAAUUUAAAAUGACAUAUGCAACUGUUGAUUCAUAGGCUAUGUCCAUCUCUGAGACCUGGUAUGCAAUCAGAGAUCACGGCACAAACUACUGCAACCUCUACAACCUGAUGGAAGGUAAGCUUCAACCAAGACGUCAGGAUCCAAACAGUGUUUAUUUAAGUUUUACCCAUACAGGAAGAGUUUCACCUAACCUCAAUGUUAACCAGGAAGUGGCUAAACGCUGAUGUUAGUUAUGAUUUUGUGGGAAUAUUUAGGUUUAUAUAACUGUCUGGUUGUUAAUUUUACCUGCACAGACCACAGUAUAAAGUAAAGCUCUUCUGUUACAGCAUGUUGGUGAGUUCACUGUUCCGCUUUAAGAAUAAGAUAGUAUAGUUUUGACAUGUCGGUGAUUAAACCAGCAAGAAAUCUAGAGAUCUACUCAGAGGUCAGAGGUCCUGACCUCUCGGCGUGUAAAUAGUCACAAAACUCUGCUACUUACAGAGCUCUGAGUUUUGCUGGUAUUGAUGAAAUUGUUGCUCAUGAGGCUUUUCACAAUCUUUACCACAAUCAAAUACACACUUUGAUGCUCAUUUUUCCACAUUUCUGCUGGAUGUAUGUGUUUCAUCUAAAAUGUGCUCCUCAUGCCUGUUUUUAUUGUCAUUUUUUUUUAACAGGAAGUGGUCUGACUGAAGCCAGAGGUUACAGAGAGGUCACCAGUGACUUCAUGUGUACGCAACGCUCUUCUGCUAACUGCACUAUCUACUGACCUGUGAGCAGAAUAAACAUUUAGGGUGAUUAGAGUAAUCAUACAAAUGUGAGUUUUGAUCCCCAACAUGUUCAGAUAGUUAUGAGAUAUACUGUAUUUGCAGCUUGAGCUAAAUAAAAAAGGUAAUGGUUGCUUUUACUGCAUGUGUUCAGGGGGUUUGUUGUUUCCUUCAGACGUAAAACAACAUAUUAAUCUAAAUACAUUAUCGGUAUAUUAAGUAAGAUUUAUUUACAUGAGUUUUCUGAUAUUUAGAUUACACAUACUCUUUAAAAAGCAUUUUCUGACAUAGGUUUAAUGUUACUAUUGUCUAAAAAUAUGACAAAUCCCCAACCAGGAAUAACAGCUGCAUGUCUCAGAUUUUUGAUUCUUUCAAAGUAAUUAAAGAUGGCAAUGGAAGUUGGGAUUUACAAUUAAUCAGCUAUCUUGUUUUCUAUAAGUUAUUGCCUUUUAUGUUGCUGCUAUAUUGUGUUAUAUUUCCAUCAACAGCAGAAGUUGUCAUGCUCCUUGAUGAUCACAGUUAGAAACUGUUUUAUACUUUUGUCUAUAAAGGGCUUAUUUUAAUAUUUUACUUUUUUGAUCAUGCAUCUGCAAUAUAUUUUACUAAUAUGAAAAAAAAGAGCAAUAAUCAUCCCAAAAACAACAUACCAACUACCUUAAAAGAUCUAAAUGAAGUUUUUAUGAUCAGAAAGUCAUGAAUGGGAAGUUUGUCUUUUAUGAUUUAAUAAAGACUUGGGUUGGACCACUGAAGUUUCUGGCUGCUUGUCCUCUUUUUCGACCUUAGUUGAUCUUUCACAAAGCUUAAAUGUAACCCUAAGUUAUUAUUGACAUGUACAGUACAACAUUUGACAGAUAGUGAAGCUAAUGUUUGAUCUUCUGUUCUUGCAACUAUGAAGACUUGUUGAGCCUUUCAGGCCGAUCUUGUUGCUCCCCUUUCCUGUUUUGAUAUCACAAGAUGACAUAAGCUCACAUGAUGUGGUUUAUUGCUCUCCAUACUCUCUAUUAUUACUCCAUACUGUACCCUCUACAGUGUGUUAUCAAAACAUACAGUGUGUGUGAGUCAGUGUCAGUACAAUCACAGCAUCAUAUACUAUUUGCAUACCUCUUUAGCAGACUGUAACAAUGUUUGUCCAAUGAAUUAGAUAACAGCAGGAACUUUUUAACACAUGAUACUCUCAAUUGAAACCCUAGUAACUUAAUCCUUCUUCUUCACGAUCUAUAACUGUGUUAUUUUAAAGACGCCGAUGUCUCCGAGCUUGCCGUUAAAGCCAAAUAAAGAUUAAAACAUAAUUUUAGAUCUGAAGCCACCAGGUGAAAGUUUAAGCGUGUCUCCUGUCUUUCUUGUUUGUUCUGGACCCUCGGUAAAAACAAAAACCAAAAAAAGAAAAGAGCACAGACCAACAGAGAGCCACUUGGUGUGAUAAUAGUGGUGGAUACCGCUCAGAGGUGAGUCACAUUCUGACAAGGGGCAUCAUUCUUUCUGACACCUUAACCAGUUUUCGCUCUUAAAAAUGAUGGCAGAGUAAGGAGGGCGGAGGGAGACAAAGAGAGAAAAUACACCCUUAGCAGCGUGUGGAUUGCAAGGCAGCUUUUAUUAAGGGAGCAAUAUGCUCAGCAGGGCUUUGCCAUCCAUCAUUAGGACCAACCCCCCCAACCAUUGUGGCUGGAGUAUUGUGGACUUCGCUAUAUCUUAUCCUCGAGGCUGAACAACUGACUUUCGGGCACCUGUAACAUCCCAGACAACCUGAGCUGAGUCGAAACAGAAUGUCAGCAAGACAACAUAUGUUACCCCCAUGUACAAGAACAUUAAUUAUGAUUACAAAAUAAUAAUAAUUGUAAAUCUGCUGGACUUUAUUCUUUCUGGAUCAAGGAAGCUGAUGUUUCUCCAAAGUCACUAUCCAGAGAAAAUGUCCCACAUUGAAAUGCAAAGACACUUCCAGCAGCCAAUUAAAAUUCUUGAUCUUAUUAUAAGUAACUCCUCUCAAACAAAUAGCCAAUCAUAGUUGGGGAUUUCAGGGGCAGCCACGGUGUGAUUGGUAAAAAACUUGACAACAAAAUUUGUAGCAAAAAGAAAUCUCUGAUAGAUAAUGUUGAGACAAAUUGGUUGGCUCUAGUUUCAUUACUGUUUCUUACCCUUUUCUCUUCUUUCACACUGAUGUUUGAAGUAUCUUUCUCGAAAAACUAUCAUGAAACUGAACAAGUUUUCGCUACAACAUUGACAGA